AUGCUGACCUCCAACAUCUCAGUCUUCAUGCCUUCUGUUUUGACCCUCACUGGGAUCCCAGGCCUAGAGUCUGUGCAGUGCUGGCUCGGAAUCCCAUUCUGUGCCAUGUACCUUAUCGCUAUGAUUGGAAAUUCUGUGCUUCUGUUUAUCAUCAGGUCAGAGCAUAGUCUCCACGAGCCCAUGUACAUUUUCCUGGGCAUGCUAGGAGCCACAGACAUCGCACUUUCUACCAGCAUUAUGCCCAAGAUGCUCGGAGUCUUCUGGUUUCAUUUGCCAGACAUCGAUUUUGAUUGUUGCCUGUUUCAAAUGUGGCUCAUCCACACAUUUCAAGGCAUAGAAUCAGGCGUUCUGCUCGCCAUGGCCCUUGACCGCUAUGUGGCCAUCUGCUAUCCACUAAGACAUGCCACGGUUUUCACACACCAGCUGGUCACUCAGAUAGGAGCUGCUGUAACCCUGAGGGCUGCCAUGCUUGUGGCCCCAUGCCUAGUACUGAUAAAGUGUCGGUUCCAAUUUUAUCACACAACGGUCAUCUCACACUCCUACUGUGAGCAUAUGGCCAUUGUGAAACUAGCCAUAGGAAAUGUCAGGGUCAACAAAAUCUAUGGUUUGUUUGUGGCCUUCACUGUCGCAGGGUUUGACUUCAUACUCAUCACAUUGUCCUACAUCAAGAUAUUUAUCACAGUUUUCAAUUUGCCCCAGAAGGAGGCGAGGUUUAAGGCCUUUAACACCUGCAUUGCUCACAUCUGUGUCAUCCUCCAGUUCUACCUCCUGGCCUUCUUCUCCUUCUUUACACACAGGUUUGGCUCUCACAUCCCCCCGUGGAUCCAUAUCCUCCUUUCUAGCCUUUACUCGCUGGUCCCUCCAUUCCUCAACCCAAUUGUCUAUGGGAUAAAGACCAAGCAGAUCCGUAUAAAUGUGGUAAAAAUGUGCUGCUCAUAA